AUGCCCAACGGCCUAGAGUCGACCAAAAUGGGGACUUCCAGCGGCCUGAGCGCCAAGUCAAUAUUAUUGUGGGUGACUGUCCUGGGUCUUACCCGUUGGUGGUCUGCACGACCAUCGAUCCCGGUCCUACUACCCAAGGUGCUGAUUGACGGUGGCAGCAACCUCAACAUCAUCUUCUCAGAGACCUUGAAAUGCAUGGACUUUGACUUCGAGCGGCUCCAGCCCUGUGAAGAGCUUUUCUAUGACAUUGUCCAUGGAAAAGGGUCCUACCCCAUCAGUCGAGUUGUUUUGCCUGUCACUUUCGGUACACAGGACAACUACUGCACGGAGCACCUCACGUUUGAGGUAGCCAAUUUCAAGACUUCCUACCAUGCCAUCCUUGGUAGACCUAUGCUGGCAAGAUUUAUGGCGAUCCCGCACCAUACCUACCUUGUCCUAAAGAUGCCAGCCCCAAAUGGAGUCCUCUCCGUCUAUGGUGAUGUGGAGACAUCAUACAAGUACGACACUGAGGCAGUCUAG